CCCACACUAGCUUUCUUUCGCAAUCCUUCCAUGUCUUCGUCACGAACUACAGAAGACACCUAUGAAGCACAGAAUGACCAGCGACUAGAUGAGUUACAUUCGAAGAUACGCACACUUCGUGGAGUUACCACAGACAUCUACGACGAUGCCGAAAGACAACAUCUGACUCUGGAUGAUACAGGAAACGCUUUCUCUAGUUUCUCAACGUCCUUGUCUCAGUCCUCUCGGCGAGCUGCGCAAGCAUUCGGCCUCUCCGGCGCAGGCGGCGUCAGACAAAUGCGGAUAAUAUUGUAUAUCGUUGGCUCUUUUCUGGCACUCUGGCUCGUCUGGAAAAUGAAAGAGAUCUGGUGGGUCAGUGAAAGCCCAUGAGCCGCUGUAGUUACUCGUGAGUACUUGUCCGUGAUUGACACUAUCCCUGCGCUAAAUCGGACAAGGAUUGGGACAAGCGACACUCAUAUAUAUAAGAUAAUACGUGUAAUAUCUAUACCUGCACAUGAAUCAACUAUACAAGCAACAGGUGUAUCGCAAAAGGACC